GGCAGGCCGCUGCAAUCGACAUCGACAAGUCAGCUGAGAGGCUGUAAACCUGAAAAUUUAGCUGUGACUGUCGCAUUCAACCGUGCCUGUAGUUCUAUGUCCUGAUGUCUGCAAUGUUCUUGCAAGUGUAGCUUUCAAACUUUUAAAAGAAUGACACCACUGUGUAUAUAGCGCAGUUACCGUCUUAAGCACUGGCAUAGUCGUAGCAGGCACUGCGUUCAGCAGCACUGCUCUACUGAGUCACGAUGGAGUCGUGCUUGGCUGUUGAGCGUGAAGUUGACAAAGUUCUUAGUAAAUUUGGCACUCUAAGUGAACACACGAAAGCCACACUGAGCGAGUUGGUAGCUUACGUUCAAGAAAUGUACCGAGAGCUCGGCGAAGUACCUGCAGACGCUGACGUGACGACUUCGCAUGGCAUAGCCCUCACACAAUGCGCUCAAAAAAUCAAAGACUUGAGCAGUUCUCUGGCGACCGAGCACCGAGAUCUGCACGGAACGGUGUCCAAAGUUGGCAAGGCCAUAGACAAGAACUUCGUCCCUGACUUCUGGGCCACAAGCAGCGAGGAGGUGUUUGAUGGAAGUGACAAGAAGGCGGCGCUCAACCAGGUGAUCGCGGAGCACCUGUUGCGCCAGGGCAUGCUGGACAUUGCUGAAGAGCUGUCGCGCGAGGCGCGUCUCGAGUCUGCCCAGAAGGAGCCGUUUGCGGAGCUCAACAACGUGCUAGACGCGCUGAAGCGGCGUGACCUGGGGCCCGCGCUGGCCUGGGUGGCACAGCACGAACUCCAGGGCACAGCGCUGCACUUCCAGCUGCAUCGGCUUCACCUGGUGGGGCUGCUGCAACGUGGAGCGGCGGCCGAGGCGAUCGCGUACGCCCGCGCCCACCUUGCGCCGUUGGCACGGCAGCAUGAGCGCGAUUUGCAAGUGCUGAUGGGUAGCUUGGCUUUUCUCCGGGUGCCCGGCGGCCUGGCGCGAUCGCCGUACGCCUUUUUGCUUGAGCCGGCGCUGUGGAGCGAUACGUGCGAGGCGUUCACGCGCGACGCCUGCGCGCUUCUUGGCCUGUCGGUACGCAGCCCACUGGCCGUAUGUGUCGAGGCGGGCAGCUUGGCCCUGCCCGCACUGCUCAACAUCAAGCAGGUUAUGAUGCAGCGCCAAGUGGCCGGCGUCUGGAGCACGCGCGACGAACUCCCCAUCGAGAUCCGGCUAGGCUGUCAGUUCCACUCGGUGUUCGCCUGCCCCAUACUGCGCCAACAGAGCAGCGACGCCAACCCGCCCAUGAGGCUUGUCUGUGGCCACGUUAUCUCGCGCGACGCCCUCCACAAGCUGGCUAGUGGCAGCAAGCUCAAGUGUCCCUACUGCCCUGUGGAACAGAACCCUACUGAUGCUCGGCUUAUCCACUUCUGAGCCUAUCUGUGUAAAAUAAACUAUCAAAUCUACAUACUCCCCUAGAUAGUGUUUAAUGUAUGGCUUAUUGAUAAAUAAUUGUCUCCAUAUAUAGUUCCUGGCCCACUGUCUGGUGGCAUUGCAAAACUGAACUGUGUAUUUGAUCUUCAUAAAGCUCUGUGAUGCCAUGAUCAAUUUCAUUUACCAUACUUGAGAGUCUGCAGGUGUGAGAGCCACAGUAGGUGUAAAAAUAUCUAUUUCGUAAAAUUAUGUAAAAAUUUGUGUUUUUGUGCUCGCAUUCCUUCUGGUCAUUUUCAUACUUUCAUAACGAACUAAUUUUGAAAAUUUGGCAAGGCUAUUUAGUGUUUUUUUUUGUGUGUGUGUUUGUCUUAACCGCUUACUUUCUAUGGAAAAGGUUGCCAUGCAUUGAGCUGCAUUGUCGAUAAAAGGUCGCAUAUAGUGCUUUAUUGGAAAUGGCAUCUGCUGUUUAUGCUGUGGGCAUAUCUGGCUUUUCGUUUUAUCGGUUAUCUAUUAUACUUUGUGGUGCUACUGCUUUAAGAAUGACGUGCUUGUACGUGCUGUGAAUCCGAUUCCCAACAAGGUCUUGCGAGUCUCCAUAG